AUGCCCUUGCCUCCUCCUGUGGCCGCUCUCUCUUCUGACAACGGAUGCCUGAUACCUCCAGCACCCGAGGAGGCUCCAGCGAGGGUGAGUCGAGUGCCGACUCCGAUGCAGCCCCCGCCCCCGCCGCCCUCGCGGUCAUUGAAGAGGCCCCGACCAGAUGGGCAGGAGCAGGGCAGGCAGGCCCGGGAUGAGCUGGAGAAUAGGUACGAGCUGUGUGAGAAGCUUGGGGAGGGGACGUAUGGGAAAGUGUACAGAGGGAUGGACAAGGUCACGAGGGAACCGGUGGCCAUCAAACGCAUGAAGAUCAAUCUGGAAGAUGAAGGUUGCCCUUCUUUGGCCAUCCGAGAGAUCGCACUAUUGCGAAAAAUAAAGUCGGCUAACGUAGUCUCCCUACUACAUGUGGGUCGCCUGGGGUUGCCCGGUGGUGUGGUUCGAAGCCCUGGCCAGAUUCAUGUUGACCGGUGCAGUAGCUCCCCAUGGGACUCCUUGACGUUGGUCUUCGAACUCCUCACUUAUGACCUACGGCAGUUUAUAAAGAGGAAUUCUAUCCCAUCGGCACCAUGCUUGAAGUACUUCAUAUACCAAAUCUUGCGAGGAGUGAAGGCCUGUCAUGACCUGCGCAUAAUGCAUAGGGAUAUAAAACCGCAGAAUCUACUCAUAUCUCAGACAACAGGACGGAUCAAGCUGGCCGACUUCGGUUUAGCGAGGAGUUACAUGCAUCCGACGCAUAGAUGUACUCACGAGAUCGUCACGUUGUGGUAUCGGGCCCCAGAGGUCAUCAUGGGGUCGUUGGAGUACACCUACAGCAUUGAUGUAUGGUCCAUUGGAUGUGUCAUGGCUGAGCUCUUCACGGGAGGGAGUCCGCUCUUUCCGACGGAUUCGGAGGUUGAGACGUUGUUCCGGAUCUUCCGUAUGUUGGGCACUCCCACACCCGAGACGUGGCCUGGCAUUGUCGAGACAUGUCCAGACUAUUGCGAGUUGUGGCCUAAGUGGAAAGAGGACCGCGGGCUUCAGACCAUGCAACAGCGGAACUCAGAGAUACCGGACUGGUUGAACGAGCUGGCGUUGUCUUGUCUGAGGGUGACCCCAACGGCUAGGGCCAGUGUGGGUGGUCUCAUGGCACAUCCUUGGUUCAAGGAUGUUGACGAUGCAUGGGUUGCAGGGGAAUUCUUCGUUUGCCCCGGACUGCAUUCGGACUCGCAGCCCAUCAAGGACGAGGCCGAGCCGUUGUAGUGGAUGCCCUGAAUGCUCGCCCUAUUGGGUCCUCUGUUUACUGUUGCCCGUCGACUAGGUUACUGAAUCUCUGUUGUUGACUAAGUUACUACUACUACUUCCCCUACAUCGGUUCCUAUUGGAGCCAGUGUGGCCAUGCAUAUCAUCUCACUGAGUGACCUACUCGGUUUCACACUUG